AAUAUCUAUCAAGAAGUGGAACAAGAAGUAGCAGAAGAAAUAUAAUAUUUUCUGGUUAUGGUGCAGUUCUGGAGUGGAGUUAAAGUUAUAGCACAUAGGUAGCCUACAUCUUCUAAAUUAUGGAAAUUUUUUGGAAGACGUUGACCUGGAUUUUGUUCUUAAUUAUGGUAUUAUCAGAAUAUCACGGUGACAACAGGCUUUCAUAUAGUUCUCAAGAGGAAUUCCUGUCUUAUCUUGAACACUAUCAACUAACAAUCCCAAUAAGGGUUGACCAUAAUGGAGCCUUCCUCAGUUUUACUGUGAAAAAUACUAAACCCAGCGGAAGAAAGAAGAGGAGUACUGAAUUUUAUGACCGAGAACUGGCAGUUUCUAAAUUAUUUUUUAAACUUUCUGCCUAUGGCAAGCACUUUCAUUUAAACUUGAGUCUCAACACAGAUUUGGUCUCCAAACACUUCACAGUAGAAUAUUGGGGUAAAGAUGGACCUCAAUGGAAACAUGAUUUUUUAGACAACUGUCACUAUACAGGAUAUUUACGUGGCCAGCAUGGUACAUCUAAAGUAGCAAUAAGCAACUGCAAUGGUCUGCAUGGUAUAAUUGCUACAGAAGAUGAAGAAUAUUUUAUUGAACCCCUAAGGAACACAAGUGAACAGUCUGAUAAUUUUCAUUUUGAAGUUGGCCAUCCACAUGUAAUUUAUAAAAAAUCUUCACUGUAUCAUCAGUUCUUCUAUGAUCAUACCCAUUGUGAUAUUUCAGAAGAACUCACAAGAAGUGGUAAACCUUGGUGUUUGAACAAUACUGUUGCUUUUCCAACUCUUCUACCAGUUAAUCAGACUUUGAACAAUCAUCAUCGAUUGAAGAGAUCAAUAAGCACUGAACGUUUUGUGGAGACGCUGGUAGUAGCAGACAAAAUGAUGGUGGGAUAUCAUGGGCGCAAAGAUAUUGAACAUUAUAUUUUGAGUGUUAUGAAUAUUGUUGCCAAACUUUACCGUGAUUCCAGCCUAGGAAACGUUGUGAAUAUUAUAGUGACUCGUUUAAUUGUCCUCACAGAAGAUCAGCCAAACUUGGAGAUAAAUCACCAUGCAGACAAGUCCCUUGAUAGCUUCUGUAAGUGGCAGAAAUCCGUUCUCUCUCACCAAAGUGAUGGAAACACCAUUCCGGAAAAUGGAAUUGCCCACCAUGAUAAUGCAGUCCUUAUAACUAGAUAUGACAUCUGCACAUAUAAAAACAAGCCUUGUGGAACUCUGGGCUUGGCCUCUGUUGCUGGAAUGUGUGAGCCUGAAAGGAGCUGUAGUAUUAAUGAAGACAUUGGCCUUGGCUCUGCUUUUACCAUAGCCCAUGAAAUUGGUCACAAUUUUGGUAUGAACCAUGAUGGAAUUGGAAAUUCUUGUGGGACCAAAGGUCAUGAAGCAGCAAAACUUAUGGCAGCUCACAUUACAGCAAACACCAACCCCUUCUCAUGGUCAACCUGCAGUAGGGAUUAUAUCACCAGUUUUUUAGAUUCAGGCCGUGGUACUUGCCUUGAUAAUGAACCUCCCAAGCGUGAUUUUCUUUAUCCUGUGGUGGCCCCAGGUCAGGUGUAUGAUGCUGAUGAACAGUGUCGCUUCCAAUAUGGAGCUACAUCACGCCAGUGUAAAUACGGGGAAGUGUGUAGAGAGCUUUGGUGUCUCAGCAAAAGUAAUCGCUGUGUUACCAACAGUAUUCCAGCAGCUGAAGGUACUCUUUGCCAAACUGGGAGCAUUGAAAAGGGGUGGUGUUAUCAGGGAGAAUGUGUCCCUUUUGGCACUUGGCCUCAGAGCAUAGAUGGAGAUUGGGGUCCCUGGUCCAUUUGGGGAGAAUGCAGUAGGACCUGUGGGGGAGGAGUCUCAUCAUCCAUAAGGCACUGUGACAGUCCAGCACCUUCUGGUGGAGGAAAAUAUUGCCUUGGAGAAAGGAAACGAUAUCGCUCUUGUAACAUUGAUCCAUGUCCUCUUGGAGUCCGUGAUUUUCGAGAAAAACAGUGUGCAGACUUUGAUAAUAUGCCAUUUCGAGGAAAAUAUUACAACUGGAAACCAUAUACAGGAGGUGGGGUUAAGCCAUGUGCAUUAAACUGUUUAGCAGAAGGUUAUAACUUCUAUACUGAACGUGCUCCUGCAGUGAUAGAUGGAACACAGUGCAAUGCAGAUUCCCUGGAUAUUUGUAUCAAUGGAGAAUGCAAGCAUGUUGGAUGUGACAAUAUUUUGGGAUCUGACGCUAAAGAAGACAGGUGUCGGGUAUGUGGUGGUGAUGGGAGUACAUGUGAAGCUAUUGAAGGUUUUUUCAAUGAUACACUGCCCAGAGGUGGCUACAUGGAAGUGGUUCAAAUUCCUAAAGGUUCUGUUCAUAUUGAAAUCAAAGAAGUGGCAGUGUCAAAAAACUAUAUUGCUUUGAAAACUGAGGAUGAUGAUUAUUAUAUUAAUGGAGCCUGGACUAUUGAUUGGCCUAGAAAAUUUGAUGUUGCUGGAACAGCUUUCCAUUACAAAAGACCAGCUGAUGAAGCAGAAUCUUUGGAAGCUUUGGGCCCUACUUCAGAAAACCUUAUAGUCAUGAUUUUACUACAGGAGCAAAAUCUGGGGAUAAGGUAUAAAUUCAAUGUUCCCAUCUCUCGUACUGGCAGUGGUGACAAUGAAGUUGGCUUCACAUGGAAUCACCUCCCUUGGUCAGAGUGCUCUGCUACUUGCGCUGGAGGUAUGCAGAAACAAGAAAUAGUAUGCAAAAGGUUAGAUGACAGCUCUGUAGUCCAGAACAAUUACUGUGAUCCUGAUAGUAAACUACCAGAAAAUCAAAGAGCCUGCAACACUGAGCCUUGUCCACCUGAAUGGUUUAUAGGCGAUUGGUCAGAAUGCAGUAAGACCUGUGAUGGAGGAACGAGAUCACGAACUGUUCUAUGUAUCAGGAAGAUUGGACCUUCUGAAGAAGAGACAUUGGAGAGUACUCAUUGUUUAACACAUCACCCAGUUGAAAAAGAGUCCUGUAACAAUCAAUCUUGCCCCCCACAGUGGGUUCCUUUAGAUUGGUCAGAAUGUACUCCAAAAUGUGGACCUGGUUUUAAGCAUCGUAUUGUUCUCUGCAAAAGCAGCGAUCUUUCAAGAACAUUUCCAGUUGCACAUUGCCAAGAAGAAAACAAGCCUCCUGUCCGCAUGCGCUGUAGCUUGGGCAGGUGUCCUCCACCACGAUGGGUCACAGGAGACUGGGGACAGUGUUCUGCACAGUGUGGUCUUGGACAACAGAUGAGAACUGUGCAAUGUCUCUCAUAUACUGGACAAGGCUCCAGUGAUUGCCCUGAUACUCUUCGGCCUCCAUCAAUGCAGCAGUGUGAGAGCAAAUGUGACAGUACCCCUGUCUCUAAUGCAGAAGAAUGCAAAGAUGUGAACAAAGUGGCUUAUUGCCCACUGGUGCUGAAGUUCAAAUUCUGCAGUCGAGCGUACUUCAGACAGAUGUGCUGCAAGACCUGCCAAGGACAUUGACCCACAGAAACUGAAAGUGCCUUGUUGCUUCAUUGUGCAAAUGUGUCCAUCUAAGAUUUCUGCACAGUGCAACCAGUCAGAUAGUCUACAUUCAUCACCCUGUGGAAAAUAUAACCACUGGUCAGCUCCAGCUGACAGAAUUGCAAAGUUAUUUUAACUUCCGUGAAGUGGGAUUUAUUCAUCCAAAGUGCUGGACACAGUAUAAGGAGGCAAUGCCAAAACGGAAAACUAUACCCAGUACAUAGCGAACAUAUGUGUACUUUCAGCUAAAUCCCGUUUACCUCCUUGGACCAUUAAAAUAAUUGUUAUUAUGGACCUAGCAGUGACACUGAAUCCAUUUGUAUUUAAUAUUGUUCUUAUGAUUUGGUCAUCUAUAGAAGUAAAGAAGAAUUUUAAAAACCCUAUCAUAGCUUAUAAUUAAUAAUUAUUUUAUCUUACUAUAUAGCACCACAACUUAUGGUAAAGAAGUGGGCUUGGGAAUAUUAUUUUAGAAGCAAUUAUAAAUCCAAAGUAAAACGAACGUAUUUUCCUUUGUUUCAUCUAAUUCUUUAAAGGAUAAUCCAUAUUUCCAGAGGAUUGCAGUGAGCCAUAUAUAAAGCUAUGAAAAAUGCAUCAGGUAUUUAUUACCUAAUUGCAUCAAACAAUAAAUAUGUGCUGCAGGUUUAUAGCCAUUUUGCCAUUUUACAAAUAAAUCAGGAUUUUUACUAAAGGGAAUGUAUUCAUACUCCAAUUGUGAAGAACAUAUUUACUACUAUUUCAGUACUUAUGUAGAGAAUGCUUAAAACAAAUCUUCUCAAAUUCACCAUUUCUCCCUUCAGUUACAGAAAGGCAUCUCUGUAGCAACUAAUUACUGUGUAAUUAUCAAUGAUGAACUGGCUGCAUAGCGGAGAAUAGUCUCUUCUAAUAAUCAUGCUGAAACUCUUCUGGGUGUUCAUUUUCU